UAGAAAAUGAAAGACAGCGUGCCGACGACGUCGUAGGACGGCUCUACAGAAUAAAGUUUAUACUUCGCAUUUGCUUAGACCGUCUACCCUAAACCCUUCUCCUUCUCUAAGCCUGUGAAACAUUUGCUCUCUUCCCGCUCCCACCUAGCCCUAGCUUCUCUGCUCUAAGCAAUGAAGCUCGUCAGGUUUUUGAUGAAAUUGAACAAUGAGACUGUCUCGAUUGAGCUAAAAAAUGGCACCGUUGUUCAUGGAACUAUUACAGGAGUUGAUGUCAGUAUGAACACACACCUGAAGACAGUAAAGCUCACUCCAAAGGGAAAGAAUCCUGUGACUAUGGAUCACCUGAGUGUGAGGGGAAACAACAUUCGCUAUUAUAUCCUACCUGAUAGCUUAAAUCUUGAGACUUUGCUAGUGGAAGAAACUCCUAAAGUGAAGCCUAAGAAACCAACUACUGGUAAGCCACUGGGCCGUGGUCGGGGCCGUGGACGUGGGAGAGGCCGUGGCAGAGGCCGGUAGGAGAUGUGAAGUCGUUUUUCCAUUUUGUGAUAUCGUGUUUGUGUCUUAGCAUGUAAUGACAGAGACUCUAAUUUCGUUAUGUAGUUUUUAAUUUUUAUAUCAAGAAAUGGAUGCAAUUUGUUAAUCAUCACUUGGAACGGAUUAUUGUCACCACAUGUCACACUCACGCUCUACAUAUUUCUUCCUGCUUGCUUGACUACAUCCAUAUUAGGCUAUGCCUCCAUGUUAAGAGAGGGUAAUAGUUUAAUAGUAC